CACAAGACUCGCCCGCGCACAGGAUUACAUAUAUAGCCGCACACACACCUCUUCAUCCCAUGUUUAUAGGAUAUACCGAAGUAAGGGAAUCGACACAGUGGGAGAACAGGAACACGGGUAGGUUAUUCUUGUGCCUGCACCCAGCCGGAGAUGCCAGGACCUUACAGCCUUUUCGGCAUCAUGUAGAACAUGAUGAAGCCCUGCAAGCCCGUGUUGAUAUGGAGGAGUGAAGUGGACGGAGUGACGGAUACUUCCCUGACCGAAUCUUCAAAUGUUAAUGCCGACAAGAUGGAGAAACAGACCUUGGUGACGGCUAUCAGUUUGUCCAUGAGCCUGGCAUCUCUGGCACUUCUCAUCGCCGCUAUCAUGACCGACCACUGGUACGAGACGGACACCACACAGCACAGGCAGAACUGCGACCAGUUCGGGCCGGACGCCAACGACCAGAAGAACCGGCGGAUGCCCAUCUAUCACCUGCCCCUGAUGGACAGCAGCAAUCCUCGGAGGAACCAGGCGCUGCUCCGGGCGAUCCACGUAGGGAGUAGAGAGGAGGAGCUCCUGGAAAACUGGAGGUCCAUUUUGGGAAUGGGAAUUUUAGAAACGGAAUGCGGGCGGCCUCUAUUCUCCACUUACUCUGGACUUUGGAGGAAAUGUUAUUAUCUAGGAAAGGACAGGGACAUCGACAACCUCAUUGCCAAGGGUAUAGCCCAGCGAUGCAUCACCAUCAAGUACCAUUUCUCCCAGCCCAUCCGGCUCCGCAACAUCCCGCUCAACCUGACCCGCACCAUUCAGCAGGAUGAGUGGCACCUCUUACAUCUGCGGCGGAUCACAGCGGGGUUUCUGGGUAUGGCAGCAGCCGUUCUGUUGUGUGGCUGCAUCGUGGCGUCUGUCAGCUUCGCCUGGGAGAAGAGUCUCACUCAGCACGUCUCUGGGCUGCUCUUUCUCAUGGCAGGGAUCUUCUGCACCAUCUCCCUGUGUACCUACGCGGCCAACGUGUCCUAUGACCUGGCCAGGGUCCCUCCCUUUAUCUACGGGCUACCCGCUGACGUGGAGCAUGGCUACAGCUGGUCCAGCUUCUGUGCCUGGCUCAGUCUGGGGCUGACAGUGGCAUCUGGAUGCCUGUGCACCACUUUCCCCAUCCUCAGCCAUAGCAACAGCAAAGCCCAGCAGGGCAAGGGCAAGGCUGCCCCCAAUGACUGUGUUUGACACACAACUUACUGCGUUUGAUAAACAGUUUGCUGUGUGUUACACCCCCCCCCCCCCCCCCCCCACACACACACCAAGCCUCAGCAAGGGCCUACAGGCAGUCUAAGAUGUCUGUGUCUACUGUGUUUACUGAGUCUGACAGAAACCUCACAGCAUUUCACACCUCUUACUGCAUCUUUCACAUCAACUCUGAGCUGCAGCAAGGGCCUGCAAACCAACACCCCCAGACACCUGGCUGACUAACCCAUAAACAGCUGCAGCAGGCGCAUGGGACAAUGCUGACUCCUGCAUUUUCAGUCAAACACUGCUGCGUCAACCAUGCUUCCACUAGACCCUGCAUCUAAAUCCAUGGAGCAAAACAGCCUGGAAUUAUGGAACCAUAAUAUAUACAGUGAGCUCCAAAAGUAUUGGGACAGUGACACAUCUGUUGUUUUGGCUCUGUACUCCAGCACUUUGGAUUUGAAAUUAUACAAUGACUAUGAGGCUAAAGUGCAGACUGUAAGCUUUCAUUUGAGGGUAUUUUCAUCCACAUUGGGUUAACAGUUUAGAAAUUACAGCACUUUUUGUACAUAAGCCCCCCCCCCUCCCAUUUUAGGGGACCAAAAGUAUUGGGACAAAUAUAGGUGUGUAUUCAAGUAGGAAAAGGUUAAGUAUUUGGUCCCAUUUUCAUAGCACACAAUGGCUACAUUAAGCUAGUGACUUUACAACCAGUUUGUUUUGGUUGUGUUUCAGAUUAUUUUGUGCCCAAUAGAAAUUAAUGGUAAAUAAUGUAUCGUGUCAUUAAGGGGUGACUUUUAUUUUAAAUAAGAAGAGAACAUGUUUCUAAACACUUCUACAUUCAUGUGAAUGCUACCAUGAUUACUGAUAAUCCUGAAUGAAUCCUGAAUAUUGAUGAGUGAGAAAGUUAGACACACAUAUUAUACCACCAAGACAUGCUAACCUCUCACCAUUACAAUAAGAGGGGAGGUGGUAUGAUAUGUGUGCGUAUCGUUUCAAAUCCAAAGUGCUGGAGUACAGAACCAAAACAAAACAUCUGUCACUGUCCCAAUACUUUUGGAGCUCACUCUACAUGCCAUUUAGCAGACGCUUUUAUCCAAACUACCUACACCCAUGCGUCCAUGCUUUUUCUGUGGUCUUUAUGUGAUUAUGUUUGUGAUUCAGCCUACUGCUACCUUUGCACAUAUGUUUUAUGUAUGCUCAGAAUUCUGUGUAAAUGUAAGUAAUUGUCAAACAACUGACAGACAAAAACAGUUAUUUGAAAGGAAAGUAACUAUAGAAAAGAAUAUACAAUUCUAGAAAGAUGUGGCCCAAAACUGACAUGGACAUGUACUCUGACUAUAAUGGGUACAUCAGAAUAUACUUAGAAUAGCAGAGGCCUUAUCAGAUCUCUAACCAAAACUGUAAGGAAACCCAUUGGUGGAUAUUCAUUAGUUCUCUUAUCAAUGGACCCAGACCAAACCCCUGUGCAUAUGUGCCGAAACCCAAGUCAAGACUUCCCCUCGUCAAUGGAUAUUAACCUGAUCGCAGUGGAGACAGACCAAACCUCGGUGGAUAUGCACCUAAAUCCAAGUCCACAUCUCCCUCAUUAAUGGAUAUGAACCCCGAUCCUAGUGGAGACAGACCAAACCUCGGUGGAUAUGCACCUAAAUCCAAGUCCACAUCUCCCUCAUUAAUGGAUAUGAACCCCGAUCCUAGUGGAGACAGACCAAACCUCGGUGGAUAUGCACCUAAAUCCAAGUCCACAUCUCCCUCAUUAAUGGAUAUGAACCUGAUCCUAGUGGAGACAGACCAAACCUCGGUGGAUAUGCACCUAAAUCCAAGUCCACAUCUCCCUCAUUAAUGGAUAUGAACCCCGAUUCUAGUGGACCCUAAUCUGAGUGUAUUUACCUUAGAUUACAGAAUACAUCCACUGAAACUAUCAAUGAACAUUUGCCAUAACCCCAGACAGUGGAUAUUUGUUGGAUGUGCGUCAUGCGGUCUGAUUGGUAAAUAGAGUUGGAGAAUUUCAGAAUAUGCCUCCUGAGAAGAGAAACUGAGGAACUCUUGAAAGACGCAUUAUUUCCUUCAAACCAUUUGCAAAGUCAAUGAAAUCAUAAAUAAAAAGUAUUACCAAAACUG